AUGACUUCCGCCUCAUACAAAAUUGUUAAGCCAUUCAAAAUUGCAAUCAUCGGUUCCGGUAAUUGGGGGACUGCAGUGGCCAAGUUGGUUUCUGAGAACACCAGAGAAAAGCCAGAAAUCUUUGAUAAGGAUGUUAACAUGUGGGUUUUCGAAGAAGACAUUGACGGUGAAAAAUUGACCUCUAUUAUAAAUACUAAACACGAAAAUGUUAAGUACUUGCCAGGAAUUAAACUCCCAGAAAAUUUGAUCGCCAACCCAGAUUUAGUCGAAACUGUUAAAGACGCUGAUUUACUUAUCUUCAACAUUCCACAUCAAUUCUUACCAAGAGUGUGUAAACAAUUGGUGGGAAAGGUUUCUCCUUCAGUCAGAGCUAUUUCAUGUUUGAAAGGUUUAGAAGUUGGUCCAGAAGGCUGCAAAUUGUUGUCGCAAUCGAUCACUGACACCUUGGGAAUUUACUGUGGUGUAUUGUCAGGUGCUAACAUUGCCAACGAAGUCGCUAAGGAAAAUUGGUCCGAAACCUCAAUUGCAUACACAGUUCCAAAGGACUUCAGAGGUGAAGGUUUAGACAUCGACGAAUUCGUUUUGAAAGCAGCAUUCCACAGGACUUAUUUCCACGUCAAUGUGAUACAAGAUGUUGUCGGUGCAUCCAUUGCCGGAGCAUUAAAGAAUGUUGUUGCCUGUGCCGUUGGAUUUGUUGAAGGUGCCGGAUGGGGUGACAAUGCCAAGGCUGCCAUUAUGAGAAUUGGAUUAAAGGAAAUUAUUCACUUCGCCUCCUACUUCGAAAAAUUCGGUAUCAACAAGGGUGGUGUCAUCGCACCACAACCAACUACAUUUACUGAAGAAUCUGCUGGUGUAGCCGAUCUUAUCACUACAUGUUCAGGUGGAAGAAACGUUAAGGUUGCAAGAUAUAUGAUCGAAAACAAGGUUGACGCUUGGGAAGCUGAAAAGAUCUUGUUGAACGGUCAAAGUUCUCAAGGUAUUUUAACCGCAAAGGAAGUACACGAGUUAUUAGACAACUUUAAGUUGCAUGAUGAAUUCCCAUUGUUUGAAGCUACUUACAGAGUGAUUUAUGAUGGUGCUGAUGUCGCAGACUUCCCAGCUUUGCUUGAGAAAGAUUAA